CUUCUGAGCUGCCAACUCUACAGCGCCAUGAUCCCCCCCGCAGACUCUCUGCUCAAGUACGACACGCCCGUAUUAGUGAGCCGGAACACUGAAAAACGGAGCCCCAAGGCUCGGCCACUGAAAGUCAGCCCCCAGCAGCCUGGACCCUCCAGUACAGUCCCGCAGCCACCCAAAGCCAGACUGCCCUCAACUGCCUGUAUUCCCGAUCCUACAAAGCAGGCAGAAGAAAUCUUGAAUGCCAUCUUGCCCCCAAGGGAGUGGGUGGAAGACACACAGCUAUGGAUCCAGCAGGUGUCCAGCACCCCCAGCACCAGGAUGGACGUGGUCCACCUUCAGGAGCAGCUGGACCUGAAACUGCAGCAGCGGCAGGCCAGGGAGACAGGCAUCUGCCCUGUGCGGAGGGAGCUCUACUCACAGUGUUUUGAUGAACUGAUCCGGGAGGUCACCAUCAACUGUGCAGAGAGGGGGCUACUGCUGCUGCGCGUCCGGGAUGAGAUCCGCAUGACCAUCGCUGCCUACCAGACUUUGUAUGAGAGCAGUGUGGCAUUUGGCAUGAGGAAGGCACUGCAGGCCGAACAGGGGAAGUCAGACAUGGAGAGGAAAAUUGCAGAUUUGGAGACAGAAAAGAAAGAUCUGGAGAGGCAAGUGAAUGAGCAGAAGGCAAAAUGUGAGGCCACCGAGAAGAGGGAGACGGAGAGGCGACAGGUGGAGGAAAAGAAGCACAAUGAGGAGAUUCAGUUCUUAAAACGGACAAAUCAGCAGUUGAAGGCCCAACUGGAAGGCAUUAUUGCACCAAAAAAGUGAUGACUUCCAUGAGUCUCAGUGAGCACUUCCACCCCAUCAUAAGCCCCUUUAAAUAAACAGCUGGUUCCCUCAAUGGACAAGGCGACCCUCCCCCAGUCACCAAUUGGUCAGGAAUUACAGUGGCCCCAGGAAACACCUAGUCUGGUGGCCAGGCUCCUGGCUGGGCAAUGGAAGAGACUGUAACCCAAUCCGUAUGCUGCUUCAGGGUCAAGCCGGAGACAUGCCAACUCAGACCUUAAGCAGCAGCUCUUUCCCACCAGGAGUCAGAGCCAUCCACUUCUGGCCAAAGCAGCUGCUCUGUCUCAGUUCUUGCUUCAGUCUAUCUCACACCUUAACCUGGGCUUCCUUGGCCUCAGUCCUUUCACUGUUGUACCUACUCAAAUGCAAUUUUUAGUAAAUCUUCUUGGAGCUAUGGUUUUAUAACGUGUCAUCUUAUCCCCUGCUGUCAAAUGAAUCCCUUUCUCUUGCCUAGAUUAGGAAACAGUGGCACACAAUUAAACCAUCGCUUUGGGGAAAGUAAAUGCUUGCUGGAAAGGAGUACAAGUCCCAGUAUCCUUUGGAGCUGUCUGUACCUCAGCUCCUCCCCCAACAGACAUCAUUUGUUCUCUUUAUUCUGCAGAAAAUCAAACCCCGAUCACACCCUCCUAAUUAGCCAAGUUUAAUUAGCCACUGGAGAGUUAGCAUCUCGCAUGCAGUUCUAAUUUUUAAUGAUCAGCUACAACCUAGACUUUUGUAGAGUCCUAAGAUUGAAUUAGCAACAUAAAAUCUUAACUCAGGGCAGACCAGGGUGGGCUAGAGCAGCAAGCUGGGCUAUCCACUAUUCAGUUACGUUCCACAAGUACUGCUCCUAAGAGUGCACUAACAUUUCCAUUAGUGUAGACUGCCUGGAAUGCUCAGUAUCCCCUAAGAGGAACAGGGACUCCCUCUUUGGCAGGAUUUUAAUGUGACACUGGUCCUGGACAAGGCUUCCAGGCUGUUACUCCAGAACCAUCCUACAAAAACUGUAUUUCAAGUGAAACACACUCUAUCUUAAACUGGGAGUUGCAGCUUUGACCAACUGUCCUGGGGACUCUGAAGCUUUCAGAGGAAGAAUUUUUUUUUUUUUUAGAUCUGCUGGUUCCAUGAUUUGACAGUAAAAUACUUGUGUCAAAGUGGGUCCCCUUCAGCUCAGUGAGGGACAGAAGUUGCUG